AUGAAAGCUUUUAUUUUGUUAUGUGCGUUUCUUAUCAGUGGACAUUGUUUCCCAACAUCGAAUGAAUCUUGGUCUUUAUUUAAACGUGUUUUUAAAAAACGAUAUUCCUCCAAUGAAGAAGAAAUAAAUCGUCGUCAAAUCUGGGAAGAAAAUGUAGUAAUGAUAAAUAAACAUAACCUUGAAGUCGAUUUGGGACUUCAUAGUUAUACACUUGCAAUGAAUCAAUUUGGUGAUUUAAAUAAUGAAGAAUUUCGUAAACAAAUGAAUGGAUAUGAAAUGUCCUCAAAAGAUGAAAGUAAUUCACAAAUAUUUUCAGCACCAGAAGAUUUUGUUUUACCAGACGAUGUUGAUUGGCGUACAAAAGGUUAUGUAACAUAUGUGAAAGAUCAAGGUCAAUGCGGUUCAUGUUGGGCUUUUUCAACAACAGGUGCACUUGAAGGACAACAUUUUGCAAAAACAUCACAACUUAUUCCACUUUCUGAACAGAAUUUAGUUGAUUGUUCAUUACUUAAUUUCGGAUGUAAUGGUGGUAAUCAAGAUCUUGCUUAUGAUUAUAUUAAAAUGCAUCAUGGAAUUUCGGAUGAAAAUUCUUAUCCAUAUUGGGCUGAACGUGAUAUAUGCCAAUUUAAUAAAAUACAUGUUGCUGCCACAAUUACAGGAUAUACUCGAAUAAAAAAACAUAAUGAAACAGAUCUUCAAGCUGCUAUUGCCACAAUUGGUCCGAUAGCAGUUUCAAUUGAUGCUUCACAAGGUUCAUUUCAAUUUUAUUCAAGUGGAGUUUAUGACGAGCCUAAUUGUUCAACAAAAAGACUUGACCAUGCUGUUUUAGCAGUUGGAUAUGGAACAUUAAAUGGUAAAGAUUAUUACAUUGUGAAAAAUUCAUGGGCAGCUAGUUGGGGAAUUCGUGGUUAUAUACUUAUGAGUCGAAAUAAACAAAAUCAAUGUGGAAUUGCUACAUCAGCUCUUUAUCCGUUGGUUUAA